UAAGUGCUGUUUCUCUUGCUCUGUUGUUGUGAAUGAAAAAUGGCAAACCCCUUGAACUCGCUCAGUUGUUCGGUCUGUUUAGACCUCCUAAAGGAUCCAGUAACUAUUCCCUGUGGACACAGCUACUGUAUGGGUUGCAUUAAAGCCUGCUUGGAUCAGGAAGAUGACAAGGGUAUCUACAGCUGCCCCCAGUGCAGACAGACCUUCAUACCAAGACCUGUUCUAAACAGGAACACCAUCCUGGCUGAAUUGGUGGAGAAUCUGAAGAAGACAAAACUCCAAGCUGCUCCUCCUGAUCAUUAUUAUGCUGGACCUGGAGAUGUGGAGUGUGAUUCCUGCACUGGAAGAAAACUCAAAGCCGUCAAGUCCUGUCUGGUGUGUCUGGCCUCUUACUGUGAGACUCACCUCCAGCCUCACUAUGAAGUAGUUCCAUUAAAGAAUCACAAGUUGGUCCAAGCCUCCACAAAACUACAGGAGAAGAUUUGUUCUCAUCAUGACAAAUUACUGGAGCUUUACUGUCGUACUGAUCAGCAGUGUAUCUGUUAUCUUUGUAUGUUGGAUGAACAUAAAGGCCAUGAUACAGUCUCAGCUGCAUCAGAAUGGACUGAAAAACAGAAACUAUUGGGAGAUAAACAUCAAAAAUCAGAGAAGAGAAUACAAGAGAGAGAGGAGGAGAUUAAGGAGCUUAGACAGACUGUGGAUUCUCUAAAGCGCUCUGCACAGGCAGCAUUGAAGCACAGUGAGAUGAUCUUUACGCAGCUGAUCCAUUCUAUUGAGGGAAGGCACUCUGAGUUGAAGGAGAUGAUCAGAACUCAGGAAAAGGCACAAGUGAGUCGAGCUGAAGGACUCUUGGAGCAACUGGAGCAGGAGGUCUCUGAGCUCAGAAGGAGAGACGUUGAGCUGAAGCAGCUCUCACACACAGAGGAUCACAUCCAUUUCCUCCAGAGUUUCCAGUCUCUCUGUGUCUCUCCUGGAUCUGAGGCUUUACCCAGCAUCAAUUUCAAUCCACUGGUCUCGUUCGAACAAGUGAAGAAAUCUGUCUCCGAACUGAAAGAUCAACUACAGGGUGUAUGCGAGAGGGAAAUGGACAAGAUAUCUGGGAAAGUGACUACAGUUCAGAUUGGACCACCUGCUGAUCCCAAGACCAGAGAGGAUUUCUUAACAUAUUCCUGCCAGCUGACAUUGGAUCCCAAUACAGCAAAUCAGUUCCUGUGUCUGUCUGAGGGGAACAGAAAGGUGACACGGAGUAAUAAGGUCCAGUCCUAUCCUGACCAUCCUGACAGAUUUACCUCCCAUAACCAGGUGUUGUGUAGAGAGGGUCUGUCUGGAGUCUGUUACUGGGAGGUAGAGUGGAGUGGGGACUGGGUUUGUGUAGCCGUCUCAUAUAAAGAGACCAGCAGGAAAGGAAAUGGUUCUGAGUGUGUGUUCGGACGUAAUGAUCAGUCCUGGGUGUUAUUCUGCUCUAAACCCAGAUGCGGUUUCAUCCACAAUAAUACCAGUACUGUUAUCCCUGUCCCCUGCUCCUCCAGAGUAGGAGUGUAUCUGGACCACAGGGCAGGAACUCUGUCCUUCUACAGUGUCUUUGACACAAUGACCCUCCUCCACAGAGUCCAGACCACAUUCACUCAGCCACUCUAUCCUGGGUUCUGGGUUUAUAAUGGAACAGUAAAGAUACUGACACCUAUUCAGUGAAAUAGUUAUAAUUUGUGUAUCCUUCAAACUCUGCAUGACAGUUCUUUUGUCUCUCAUGUACUGUUACAUAGAAUGUUGUGGUCUUUCAAAAAAAAUCUUAGUACAAAACAACAAAAUGAUUGUACUUGUAAUUUGCUUUGUAAACAUCUUUCACCAUAGGAUGAUGGUUUCAACCACAACCUUUUGGGUGAAAUAUUAGUUCACUGAUUAAAGCAAAACUAGGUAAAUUUGUUGAGUAAAAAAUAAUUAUAAUCUUGGCCCCUAUAAAUAUUUUGUGCAAGCUAAUGAGACCCUCAAAGAGAUGUUUAGCAACACAGACAUUCCAGUGCCAGUAAAAUAUCCAUUUAUAUUUUGUUGGAGCGUGCUGCUCCAUUCCAUCCUAUACUAUUCCAGCAAUCCCUUUCCAGCCAAUCGCCUUCUGCGAGGCGGGCCUUCCUCCAUUCUACCUGGAUGAUAUAUAAUUCUCAAAAACAUUAAGGGAACACUAAUCACACAUUGGGUCUCAAACUUAAUAUAUAAAAUAUCAAAAUCUUUACUGUACAUUGUGUAAUUCCUUGAGAAAUAAAAGACGUACUAAUGGUAAAUGGCAACCAAGAUCACCAAUCAUUUGAGGGCUGGAUUCAAACUCACACCGAAAAGGUGUUAACAAUUGAAAUCACAGGCUGUUCCAACUUGCGUG